AUGGCCUCCAAGACAAAGUACGCCCCGGCGCCGACCCAGGACCCCGACGAAGCAUCAAGCUACGCCCAGGCGCCCCCCGCCUACCAGGCCGAACCCACGGCCGCCUCCGACACCGAUCGCCUCUUCGGCGGCGGCGCGCCUCGCAGCAGCCAGGACGACGAUCUCCCCGAUGACUUCAAGUUCGGCGGCUCAGUAGCAGAGGCCACGACCGACAUCAGAAAUCAGUUCAUCCGCAAGGUCUACGCUAUCCUUACCGUCCAACUCAUCGCCACCGGUGCCGUCUCCGCCCUCAGCUUCUUUAGUAAUGGCUACAAGACCUGGAUUCAGGCCCACCCAGGCCUCGUCUUCGCAUCCCUCUUCGGCUCCAUCAUCAUGAUGCUCCUCACCUUCUGGAAACGUAAAUCCUACCCGACAAACCUCCUCUUCCUCUCGGGCUUCACCCUCAUGGAAGCCUACACAAUCUCCGUCAUCGUCUCCUUCUACAAGGCCGGCAUCGUCCUCAACGCAGUCUUCCUUACCGCGGGCAUCUUCAUCUUCCUCACCGCCUUCGCCUGCCAGACAAAGUACGACUUCACCUCCUGGAUCCCCUACCUCGGCGGCGCCCUCUGGGGCCUCGUCCUCUUCGGCUUUAUGUACAUGUUCUUCCCCUACAGCUCCACCGGCGAGCUCGUCUACGGUGGCAUCGCCGCCCUCAUCUUCAGCGCCUACAUCCUCGUCGAUACCCAGCUCAUCAUGCGCCACCACCACGUCGAGGAGGAGAUUGCGGCCGCCAUCAGCCUGUAUCUCGACAUUAUCAACCUGUUCUUGGCGAUUCUGCGCAUCUUGAACAGCCAGCAGAACAACUAA